CUUGUUUUUAAAUGAAAUUAUUAUAUCUUUAUUAAGAAGUUUAUUAUUAAUUAUUUGUGUUUUAGUGGGUGUAGCUUUUUUAACAUUGUUGGAACGAAAAGUUUUAGGUUAUAUUCAGAUUCGUAAAGAACCAAAUAAAGUGGGUUUUAUUGGAGUAGUUCAACCUUUUAGUGAUGCAAUUAAAUUAUUUACUAAAGAACAGACUUAUCCUUUAAUGUCAAAUUAUAUUUGUUACUAUUAUUCUCCUAUUUUUUCAUUAUUUUUAUCUUUGUUGGUGUGAAUAUGCAUACCUGUUUUAAGAAGAUUGAAUAGUUUUAAUUUAAGUUUGUUAUUUUUUUUAAGAAUUACAAGAAUAGGAGUGUAUACUGUAAUAAUUGCAGGAUGAUCAAGAAAUUCAAAUUAUUCUUUAUUAGGAGGUUUACGAGCUGUUGCUCAAACUAUUUCUUAUGAAGUAAGAUUGGCUUUAAUUUUACUAUCUUUUAUUUUUUUAAUUGAAAGAUAUAAUAUAAUUGAUUUUAUAAAAUUUCAAUAUUAUAUUUGGUUUUUAUUUUUUUUAUUUCCUAUGGGUUUUAUUUGAUUAAGAAUUUGUUUAGCGGAAACUAAUCGUACUCCAUUUGAUUUUGCUGAGGGGGAAUCAGAAUUAGUAUCUG